AUGAAACCUUCAUUAAAUUUUGAUUUUAGUGAAGUCAAAUUUGAUGAUGAAUAGAUACCAAAUUAUACAAUAGAAUUCAUGAAUCAAAUGAGAAAUUAAAUGUAUAAUGUUAGAAAGUUUGGGGAAAUCUAAAAAAAUCAAAUAACAAAAUGGAAUCCAUAAAGACCAAUGAGUGCUUAAACAAAAUAUUUAUUGACUCCCCAAGAAAAACAUAGAUACUUAAAAUAUAAAGAAUCUAUUUAACAUAGUUCAAAUAAUUAAUCACCUACUCUAAAUACUUCAAAAAUGAUUAAAUUUGGAAAAACUAAUAUAUCUGAAACUAUUCCUUUAAUUAAUUCUAAUCUCUUCAAUUCUAGUUCAGAUGUAUAACUCACUAAAUAACCUAAUAGUUCUAAAGUAUGUAAAAAGUAAACACAAAAACAAAUGAUUAUUAAUAAGCCAUAACAAAUUAAUCAAAUGACCAUUGAUUAAACUGUUAAAAAUGAAGUAUUUGGCCUUUUUGAUUGGGAAGAUGAAGUUGAUGAUUAAUUUUAUAUUAAAGAAGCAGCUUAGUAUCUCUUAAAAAAUAAAAGACUAUAAACGAUCGAGAAAGUAAAUAGAGAAUAAUUUCUAUAAAAAGUAAAAAUUAAGAAUACACCAAAAAUAAAAAAUAAAAAAUUAACAAAAGAAGAAAUCUUAAAACAAUAAGAAAUUGAUAUUUUAAAAAAAUAAGCCAAAUUAGAAUAAUUAAGACAAAACCAAUUAUUUUAUUAAGAUUAAAUAAAAACUUAAAAUUUAAAGUAAAAAGUAGAUGAUUAUGAUAAUGAUUUUGAAGAUGAAGAAGAGUAAAUAAUAAAAUAACCUAUUAUUCAACAAUAAUUAAUAUCAAAUAGUGAAGAUGAUAAUGAUUAUGGAAAAAAUGAUGAAUUUGAAGUUUAUGAAGAAAAUAAAGUUAUUGAAAUUUAAGAUGAUAAAAUAUAAUUAGAAUAACAAAAGAGUAAAGAUUUUAUUUAAAAUAAAACUACUACAGAUUCUAAAAGUAAUUUAAAUUUAAAAAAUCCAAAGAAAUUUGUAUAUAGAGCAAAAAAUGCAAAAGAAAGAAAAUAAGAAUUAGAAGAAAUGAGAUAAGAACUUGAAAAGAAUUUGAUUGAUAAUGAUGCUCAAUCUGCUAAUUUAUAUAAUUUAUUGAAAGAUUCAAGAGAAAAAGAAAGAAUUAUGAUAGAAGUUAAUACUAAAAGAAGAGAAGACUUAGCCUUAGCUCGCCUAACUUUAUAGCAAUUAUCUGAAAAAAUUGAUUAAUAAUUACACAUCAUUGAUGUAAUAGGAAUAUUAAUAUCAUUAGGAUUUGGAUAAAAAGGAACAUUAUGCUUAAUAAAUUAUUGAAAAGCUAAAAGAAAACAAAAAAAAGUAAUAAUAAUAAUAUGAUAAUGAAAUUGAAAAAUACUUAGCUUGUAAAGUAAUUGCAAGAUAACUCAAAUGCAAGAAAGAAAGAAAAAUGUUUUUGGAAUUAAAGAGAUAGAAAUUCAUGAAUAUGCUCAAAUAAUGA